ACUUUCUUGCAAUACCAUCUACCAGUGUAGCAUCCGAACAAAUGUUUAGCUGUGCAGGGCGUAUUAUUGAUGAUGUUCGUACUUCAUUAAACCCAGACACAAUAACAGCAUUAAUGUGUCAGCGGAAUUGGUUAGAAGCCGCAGCAAAGUUUGAUUGGAGCUUAUAA